AUGGAUAAAGUUAAAGCUCUUAUUGAUUUACCGACGCCAAAACCAAUUAAGGAUGUUGAUGUAUUUUUGGGAGCAACUAGUUUUUAUAGAAAAUUCAUUCCAAAUUUCUCCAUAAUAACAGCCCCAUUACACAAGUUAACAAGAAACAGAAAACAAAAAUUCUUCUGGAAUCAAGAACAACGACAAGCUUAUGAACAAUUGAAAGAAAGUUUAUCAACAGAACCGUUAUUAUUGUCAUUUCCAGACCCAUCAUCACCACUGGUUUUAUCAACAGAUGCAUCCGACAUUGGUUAUGAUUGA